AUGGAGAAGGAGAGUCCGUUGGUGCGUCUGUGUUUAGAGGAAGCUUGCAAGAGCGGAGAAUCGGUGGAGCGAUGGCGUCUUCAGCGGCGGAGCCUUGAGAGGCUGCCUCCUCACCUUGCCGAUGCUCUCCUCCGCCAUCUCCUCGCCCGGCGACUUCUUUUCCCUUCGUUACUCGAAGUAUUCAAACAUUCUGUAGAGAAAAUAGAUUUCAGAGGGGAAAGCUCCAUUAACGCAGAAUGGAUGGCUUACAUUGGAGGCUUUCUUAAUCUUUCUUCUCUAAAUCUUUCAGAUUGCCCUAGAAUCAACAAUUCCACUCUCUGGCCUAUCACAGGACUAACAAGUUUGAAAGAGUUGGAUCUUUCAAGAUGUUCAAAGGUUACGGAUGCUGGUAUAAAACACCUCCAGUCUGUGGCAAACCUGGAAAAGUUGUGGAUUUCACAGACUGGCGUCACAGAAGCUGGAAUCUCUCUUCUUGCUUCACUUAGAAACUUGUGUCUUCUUGAUUUGGGUGGCUUACCUGUUACUGAUCACAACUUGAGCUCUCUCCAGGCACUGACAAAGCUAGAGUACCUUGACAUAUGGGGGAGCAACGUAACCAACCAAGGAGCCGUUGGUAUUCUCAAAUUUCCAAACUUGAGCUUCCUCAAUCUCUCCUGGACCAGCGUCACACAAGCUCCAAACGUGCCGCAUCUUGAAUGCUUACACAUGAACAAGUGCACUCUUCUCUCCAUAGAAAUCACUCACACCUCCGCAUCAGCUUCCUUGAAAAAGCUCGUUUUGUCCGGAGCUACGUUCAGUGCCGAAACCGAGACCUUUUUCUUCACCAACAAAAGCUCUGUAACCUACUUGGAUGUUUCCAAGACUUCCCUCCAAAACUUCGCCUUCUUAGAAACCAUGACGAAGCUGGAACAUCUUGAUCUGAGCUCCACAGCUUUCGGGGAUGAUUCUGUCGAGUUUGUAGCAUGUGUUGGUGAUACUCUGAGGAAUCUCAACGUCUCGGACACAAAAAUCACUACCGCUGGUGUUGAAAUUCUUUCUGGACAUGUACCGAAGCUCGAGACGUUAUCUCUGUCCCAGACAUUUGUUGACGAUCUCUCCAUCUUAUACAUCAGCACCAUGAUGCCUUGCAUUAACGCCCUUGACUUGAGUAUGACCAGCAUCCGAGGAUUCAUCCAGCAACAAGAAGAAGAAUCAAAAAAAUCAAAGCCGUCACUAGCAGCGCUACAGUCUCUUACUUCACUUGGCACACUGAGUCUAGAGCAUCCAUACCUAAGCGACAAUGCUCUCUCCCCACUAAGUAGCUUAACCGGUUUGACACAUUUGUCCCUAAGAAGCACUUCACUCACAGAUUUCACCCUCCACAACCUCUCCUCUCUCCCAAACCUAGUCAGUCUCGGAGUCCGCGAUGCAGUUUUGACCAGCAUUGGUCUCGAGAAGUUUAAACCGCCUUUAACCCUGAGAACACUCGACCUCAGAGGCUGUUGGCUUCUAACCAAAGACGCUAUCGCUGGUUUCUGCAAAAGGCAUCCUCACAUCAAAGUGAGGCAUGAGUUUGCGCAGGAAUCUUCUUCUCUUGACCAAAACCGACUUCUUCCUCGGUCAUCUCCUCAGCAGAGUUUCGCAAAGACAUCGAGGAGGAAGAGCAACCAGAGGCCGGAGACUUCUGCUGCUGUCUCCAGGAGUUUCAUAGAUCAGAGGGUGAAGUAUAAUAGGGAUGAGUUGGUUGCUCUACAGGAUUCGCCUUCAUCGCGCUUGCUUCCACGGGAAGGAAAUUUUGUCAGUGUACCGGAGAUUCUAGCUGAUUCCGUGAUACACAUGGUGAUUCAGUGA